UUGUUCUUAAUAGUUGUCAUUUCUCUCUGUUCCUCUGUCCUUUCUUUCUCUCUUCUGUGGAGGAAAGGCAAGGAAACUAAACUGAACCCACACAACCCCAAACAACAAAUAUACAAUUUCAAUAAUCAUGGCUCUCAAACUCAAUCCUUCCAUUUCUCAAUCUCACAAGAUGCCUUCUUUCUCCCUCCCACCAAUGGCCAGCCUCAGAUCUCCCAAGUUCUACAUGGCCUCUACCCUCAAGUCUGGCUCCAAGGAGGUUGAGAAUCUCAAGAAGCCUUUUAUGCCUCCUCGGGAGGUGCAUGUUCAGGUUACCCAUUCUAUGCCACCCCAAAAGAUCGAGAUCUUUAAAUCCCUCGAGGAUUGGGCAGAAGAGAACAUCCUGGUUCAUCUGAAGCCAGUUGAGAAGUGUUGGCAACCACAAGAUUUUCUUCCAGAUCCUGCCUCUGAUGGAUUUGAUGAACAAGUUAAGGAACUCAGGGAGAGAGCAAAGGAGAUUCCAGAUGAUUACUUUGUUGUUUUGGUUGGAGACAUGAUCACCGAAGAAGCUCUUCCCACUUAUCAAACCAUGCUGAACACCUUAGAUGGAGUUCGGGAUGAAACAGGUGCAAGCCCUACUUCUUGGGCAAUUUGGACAAGGGCAUGGACUGCUGAAGAGAAUAGACACGGUGACCUCCUCAACAAGUAUCUCUACCUUUCUGGACGAGUGGACAUGAGGCAAAUUGAGAAGACGAUUCAAUAUUUGAUUGGGUCCGGAAUGGAUCCACGAACAGAAAACAGUCCAUACCUUGGGUUCAUCUACACGUCAUUCCAGGAAAGAGCAACCUUCAUUUCCCACGGCAACACUGCCAGACUGGCCAAAGAGCAUGGGGACAUAAAAUUGGCUCAAAUAUGUGGCACAAUUGCCGCAGAUGAGAAGCGUCACGAGACAGCAUAUACAAAGAUAGUGGAGAAACUCUUCGAGAUUGAUCCUGAUGGAACUGUUUUGGCAUUUGCUGACAUGAUGAGGAAGAAAAUUUCUAUGCCAGCACACUUGAUGUAUGAUGGCCACGAUGAUAAUCUUUUCGACCACUUUUCAGCUGUUGCUCAGCGGCUUGGGGUCUAUACUGCAAAGGACUAUGCAGAUAUAUUGGAGUUCUUAGUAGGAAGAUGGAAGGUGGAUAAGCUAACUGGGCUAUCAGCUGAGGGGCAAAAGGCUCAAGAUUUCGUUUGUCGAUUGCCUCCGAGAAUCAGAAGGCUAGAGGAGAGAGCUCAAGGGCGGGUGAAGGAAGCAGCAACGAUUCCUUUCAGUUGGAUCUUCAAUAGAGAAGUGAAGCUGUGGGUGUAGAAUGGAAAAGAAAUGGUUAGUUUCUGUCUUCUUCACGGGCCUCCUCAGUGAGUCAGAAGUAGAUGUAGAAAAUCAGCUUAGUUUCAGUUGUAUGGGAUGAGUGUGUGAGUUGGGUUAGUUGUAGAUACAGUUGUUUUCUGAAGUGUUGUCAUGAGGGGGCAGCUGUAGUUUUAAUGUUGUGUUCUUUUUUACAUGGGUCUCUUGUAAGAGUUUGUUUUUGUCCUUAGUGUUUUGAGCAUAAGCAAGCAAUCCUUGUGGCAGUUUUGAUGAUGGUGGUGAUGAUGAUGAUGGACACAAUCUUCAUACCGCAACUUGACGACCUUUUCUGGUCUUUUAUGCAAAACACAAUUUACUCA